AGUUGUCAUUCGAUUUUGUGCUCUCGAUUGCUUCGGCCGUGGCGUUGUUUAACUUAAUUUUAAAAAAGAAAUAAAGAAAAACAAAAUAUAAUUAGCUCGCAUACAAUUUAUAGUAUAUAUUUAUAAUAACAAAAUAAUAUUAAAUAAAUCUUUUGUAUGAAUAAAGCUUAAAUUAAUAAAAUACAAAAAAGUUCAUUAGCCCGGCCAAAGCAAAAAAGAAAAAAUUGCAUACACAAAGUGUGAGUGAGUAGGAAGCGAAAAGUGAAAAAUCGAUCGAUUAGGCUUGUGACCGACCAUCUAACCAACAAAAAUUUAGUGUAGAAAAAUUAUUUAAAAGCGACGAGUGUUUAUAAACGAAUAUAAUAAGAAAAAAAUAAAAUAAUUAGAACAGUGCCGGGUGUUAACGUUUAUCAGUUUUUUACAUUUAACAAAAUUUGUAUAAUUAACACAAAAAAUAGCUCAAAUAUUAUACAAACAUAUACUAAAAGUGUUGAAAAGUCAAAUAACAACAACUACAAAAAUAGCAAACACUUUACCAACAAUGCAGCAUUAAAACAAAAGGAAAAGAGAAAAACAAAAAACGCACAUAUUGCACUAACAUUUAAUUGUAUACAAAAGGAAACAUAACGACAUAUUAUUGUUUGUUUUUGUAACUUUAUUUUUUAAUAGGCGCCAAGCAUCACACCCUUCAACCCGACCGUCCAUCAUAAUCGAUUCAUUAUAAACACGACACUUCAAACAAAACACAAAAUAAAUCAAUUAUACCCCCAAAAAAUACAACAAAAAGAGAGAGGGAGAGAUUUUCUUGUUUGUUUACAUAAAAAGACAAGUGCAGCCGUCAUUGCCUGCCUGUCUGUUUUCUGUUUUGUUUUGAGUGCAUCAUAUUUAAAUUAAAAUCGUAUAAUAUUUUUAACGAUAAUUACAAAAUAGAUCUCUAAAAUACUCCUAUAAUUACUUAUUGUAACUAUAACGGCCAUAGAAUAUAGAAAUUUCUGCUGCUGCUACACUUAAUAAGAGUUUGUCGUAAUAAAAAGAAAGUAUAAAGGUGCUUUUUUUUAUAAAUUUGACUCAACAAUUGUGAAUAAUUGCAUUUAAACAAUUAAUUAAACAAACAAUAAAUAAAAACAACCUAAGAAUAGCAAUUACGCAUUAAAACAAAACGAAGAAAAUUGCCCUGAAUAAAUGUCUAAUGCUGUCAUUGUAAAAGUUAAAUCUACUUAAGAAAUACUCCCUAAAACGGGAGAACAUCAUCAAGAUUAAUAAACAACGAGCACAACACAGCUGCAACUGUAAAAAUAACAAUAAUAACUUUUUAAAUUAAAUUAUUUAUUUCGUCAUGAAUUCAAGCACAAAACAUUUACUUCAUUGUACUCUAUUGCUAGUGGUCAUAGUAGCAUUUGAAAUUUUCUCUGGUGGCAUAAAAAUCGAUGAAAAUUCCUUUACAGUUUUGGACCCUUGGGCGGCAUAUGGUCAAUUAGCUACCAUACUAUUAUAUCUAUUACGUUUCCUAACGUUCCUUACACUGCCGCAAGUAUUAUUCAAUUUUUGCGGUUUAGUCUUUUACAAUGCUUUUCCCGAAAAAGUUGUUCUCAAAGGUAGUCCCCUGCUAGCGCCGUUUAUGUGCAUACGUGUUGUGACGCGAGGAGAUUUUCCCGAGUUGGUCAAGACCAAUGUACUGAGAAAUAUGAAUACUUGUCUUGAUACUGGUUUGGAGAAUUUCCUUAUAGAAGUUGUUACGGAUAAGGCGGUGAAUUUAUCACAUCAUCGUCGUAUACGUGAAAUUGUAGUGCCUAAAGAGUAUAAAACCCGAACAGGAGCGUUAUUUAAAUCACGCGCUUUACAAUAUUGUCUGGAAGAUAAUGUAAAUGUCUUAAAUGACAAUGAUUGGAUUGUACAUUUAGAUGAGGAAACUUUACUAACAGAGAAUUCAGUACGUGGUAUUAUUAAUUUUGUCUUAGAUGGUAAACAUCCAUUUGGUCAGGGUUUAAUAACAUAUGCCAAUGAGAAUGUAGUUAAUUGGCUGACGACAUUGGCCGACAGUUUCCGUGUAUCGGAUGAUAUGGGUAAAUUACGUUUACAGUUUAAAUUGUUUCACAAACCCUUGUUCAGCUGGAAAGGAAGUUAUGUUGUAACUCAGGUUGGUGCUGAACGUCAAGUAUCUUUCGAUAAUGGCAUUGAUGGUUCCGUGGCCGAAGAUUGCUUCUUUGCGAUGCGUGCUUUUUCCCAGGGCUACACUUUCAAUUUCAUCGAAGGUGAAAUGUAUGAAAAAUCACCAUUUACCCUGUUGGAUUUCUUGCAACAACGUAAACGUUGGCUUCAGGGCAUUCUCCUUGUGGUACACUCGAAAAUUAUACCCCUCAAAUACAAACUAUUGCUGGGUAUCAGUGUUUACUCUUGGGUAACCAUGCCACUGUCAACCUCAAAUAUUGUAUUUGCUGGACUGUAUCCUAUACCCUGUCCCAAUAUUGUGGAUUUUGUGUGUGCUUUCAUAGCGGCUGUUAAUAUCUACAUGUACGUGUUUGGUGUCAUCAAAUCAUUUUCACUUUACCGUUUUGGUUUAGUGAAAUUUUUAGCCUGCGUUUUGGGUGCCGUCUGUACAAUACCCGUUAAUGUGGUAAUUGAGAAUGUUGCCGUUAUAUGGGGUCUAGUGGGUAAAAAACAUAAAUUCUAUGUUGUGCAAAAAGAUGUACGAGCAUUGGAAACUGUGUAGGUUUAAAUCAACAUAAACACUUGCUAACAAACAAUACAUAAACAAGAAGCAAACAAAAACACAGCCAAAAUGUUGUUGCACAAUGAAAAGCAUAGAUUUUAAAAAUGCUUUUCCUUAUUUUUAAUGAAAAUUGUUAUUUUUUGUGAUAGGAUUUAUAUGUAACAAAUUAACAAAAGCUUGUCUUUUGUAUAAGCAAAAAUUACUUUCCCUUACAUUAUAUAAAAUUUCUUUUUUUUGUUUUUUGUAAGCUAAAGUUAUAAAAACGAUAAAAAAAUUUCUUUUUUUUAGAAAAAAAAAAACUAAAAAAUGAACCAAAAAGUGUGGCAGUUUGGAAGAUUUUCUUCUGCUUACACAUUAAACUUAAACAAAAACUCAUUGAACAAAUAAUAAUUUUUAGGCUUGGGCUAAUUAAUGAUUAUUACAAAGUUACAAUAACUUCUUAUAAGCUUACAUUUUUCAUGCUUUUUGUUCAAAAAUAGAUUUAAAUAAUCAAUAAAUAGCACUUGCCAAAUAAGAAAAACACAAA